UAUUUCUUAAUCGCUAAAGCCAAAAGGAAUCCCACCCGACAGACACAGUUCAAUAAAAGCGAAGAAAGUUUUAUGUGCAAAGCACAAGUUGUUCGUAAAGUUGAUUGUCCAGAUUCUCCGUCGAUAUUUACCGGCAUCAUCUUCCCGGCGGGCACAGUCCCCGAGAUAUUUAUCAGUGAGAUAUGAAGAAGGAUAAGGCGGUUGUAAUAGAAAGCCCUAGCACCAAUGAAGAAGAAGAUUACGAACAAGAAGAUGCUGCCGCAACUAAUCAUUCAGCUCGUCGAUUUUCUACCCGAAACGCUUCUUCCAAAUACGAUUUCGUUAAGGUGAAAGUAUGGCUGGGUGACAAUGCCGAUCACUACUAUGUUCUCUCUAGAUUUUUGCUCAGCAGAAUGCUCACAGUCACUAAGAUUCCAAAUCAUGUGGCUAUUAAAAUUGCACUUGAGCUUAAGAAGCUUCUUGUUGACAACAGCCUACUCGAUGUCUCACAAUCAGAUUUGGAGGCAAACUUGUUCAAGCUUAUGGAGCGAAGAGGUUUCGGAGAAGAGUAUAUAAACCGUUAUAAAAUGAUUACAAGAUUUCACCAUAUGCGAGUGCCUUUGGUAAUUCUUGUUUGUGGUACUGCUUGUGUUGGAAAAUCUACCAUUGCUACCCAACUUGCACAGAGGCUGAACUUGCCAAAUGUCUUGCAGACUGCCAUGGUGUAUGAAUUGCUACGGACAUCAACAGAUGCACCUUUGGCAUCUUCUCCUGUAUGGGCACGUGAUUUCAGUUCAUCAGAUGAGCUAAUUACCGAAUUCUGCAGAGAAUGCAGAAUAGUAAGGAAAGGUUUGGCUGGUGAUUUGAAGAAAGCUAUGAAAGAUGGAAAACCAAUUAUAAUUGAGGGGAUACACCUAGAUCCUAGUAUUUACCUUAUGGAUGAAGAGAAUAAAUUGCCACCAGCUUCUCCAGCAAACCAAGCAGGGCCAGAAUCUCUGAAGGUGGAAGAACAGAAUGAAUUACAACAGAAAAGCAAUUCUAAUGUUAGACACAACAGUCAGAGUGACUGCAAUAUGAAUUCAGAACCAGGGAAAACUUCUGAGUUAAACAACCUCACAACUGCUCUGAAAUCCUUGGACAUUGUUAAUGAAAUCUCUGAAAAUAGGGGUGAAAAAGUUAAAGAUUCAGGAGCAGACCAAAAUCCUUCUCAUAAAAGAGAAAAAUCUGGUGCUCAACCAAUAAUUGUACCUAUAGUUCUACGGAUGGCCGAAUUUGACCAUAAGGCAUUGCUGGAAGAGUGGGUAGCGACUCGUACAUGUAGUGAGAAAUAUCCUACCCAGGACAAAGAUAACAUGAUAUCUAACUUGAAGACUAUACAGGACUAUCUCUGUUCCUUUACCUCACAGGGUUUAACAGUGGUAAACAUAUCAGCGACGACGUUUCCACAAACAUUGGAUUGGCUGCACAAUCAUCUUUUACAGUGUAUCGAGCAAGGUACAUCACAUGUUUCUAGGGGUAACAGUGUGGAGAUAGCCAAAGACUAGAUUACUGCCAGCCGUAUCUCGAUGAUCAAGGUACUCAGCAGACUAUUAAGUCUGUCUACCGCCUUAUCGGGCUGGUUGGAUAUUUGUAUUUAAUGGUCCGCUUUAUCGGUUUUCUGUUUUAAAUGUACUAAACUGCUAACCUAACCGAUAAGAUAUCGGUAGGUUUGAUAUUAGCUUAGCAGUUAUCAGUCAGUUUAUUGGUUAAAUUAAUAAUACCUUCGUAAAUGAAUUUGUAUUUUAUCCCCUUAAUAAAUUAUAAUAUCAUUACUUUUGA